GCCAGGUUCUAUCGGUGAAUGUUGCCGGUAAAGUAUUGAUGAAGUCUUUCUUGUCUGGAAUGCCAGAAUGUAAAUUCGGAAUCAAUGAUAAAAUCACGCUGCAACAGUCGAGCUCUAGAAAUCAAUAUGAUGAUCCAAGUAAACCAGCUCGGACUAUGGUUGCCAUAGAUGACAUUCAGUUUCAUCAAUGUGUCCGAUUAGGAAAAUUUGAAAGUGAUCGAGCGAUCUCGUUUAUUCCGCCGGAUGGAACUUGUGAACUGAUAAAAUAUCGCACCACGCAAGAUAUCAAGCUACCUUUCCGGUACGCCUCUGUACAAAAUCGUGAUUUGGGCUAUCUGUUUCUCAUCAUACUGUAUCACAUUCUAAAGUCAAGUUAUACUUGCAAAAUACGUAUAAGUUUUGUGGCGCUAACUAUAUGUGUUGAGGAAUUAGUCAUUCCUUUGGUAAAGGAGGUGAGCAAGUCAAAACUAGAAAUCAAGGUCGUGCUGAAGGCAGAGUACAAGCAAAACCUUGUUGGACAGAAGAUAGAGGUGAGGAUUGGUCCAAGUACUCCUGCUGGUGACAGCUAUCUUUCGUGCUGCUGGCAACAAAGGAGCCAGUGUGUUCGCAUUCCAACACCGCCGAACACAUGUGGCGCGAAUCUGUUAUGCAUGAAAGGAAAAGCGAAGUACAAGGCGGGCGAAAAUGCUAUUGUCUGGAAGGUAAAUUCUUGAUG